AUGCCGUUCCAUAAUGGUUGGCUGCCCCGCGAAGGGUUCACUGCCGAUCCGGUGCUGAGCUUGGUCAAUAAGACGGUCUUGAACCCUGUGCUUCUGCUGCCCGUCCUGCUGCUUGCAAGAUUUACGAAAAAGGGCGAAGAUGUGUCCCUUCUUCACCCUCAGGCCUUCUCCAGAUUCAAAACCUUGUUCUAUUUUGGCCUGGCCAAAUGGCUGAGCGCAUACUACUCGGACGGCGUCAUCAAUAACUGGACGCGGGAUACCUACGACUGGCCGAGGGAGAUUGCCGUGGUCACGGGAGGCGCGGGAGGUAUCGGUGGGAAUGUCGUCAAGUUGUUAGCAGAGCGCGGUGUCAAGGUUGUGGUUUUGGACAUUCAAGAGAUGAACUUUGAUGCUGGCCCCAAUGUUCAUUACUACAAAUGCGACUUGACCAGCCCGGCCGAGAUCAAGUCGGUCGCGGCCAAGGUCCGGGCUGAAGUGGGCGACCCGACAAUCUUGGUGAACAAUGCCGGAGUGGCACGCGGCAAGACGAUUCUCGACACGACGGAGCGGGAUCUCAAAUUCACCUUUGACGUCAACGUCUUUGCGGGCUUCUACACGGUGCGGGAGUUUCUGCCGGCCAUGAUCCGCCGUGACCACGGCAUGAUUGUGACCGUCACGUCGCUGGCCGCCUGGAUCACGGUGCCCAACAUGGUCGACUACGGCGCGUCCAAGGCCGCGGCCCUGGCCUUCCACGAGGGGCUGUCGGCCGAGCUCAAGACGCGCUACAAUGCCCCCAAGGUCCGCACCGUCCUGGUCAACCAGGGCUAUACCAAGACGCCCCUGUUCACCGGGUUCCGCGAGGACAGCCCCUUUACCAUGCCCGCGCUCGAGCCCGAGAGCGUGGCCGAGGCCAUUGUCAGGCAAAUCCUCACGGGCAAGAGCGGUCACAUUGUCAAGCCGUCUCUCGGCGCCACCAUGAAGGCGCUCAGGACUUUGCCGCACUGGUACAGCUAUGGUUUGAGGGCCAAGGGGGAGAACUUUAUGACCAACUGGCGCGGAACGCAGGUCGUCAAGGACUUGGACAAGCACUAUGCGGAGAGAGAGGGAGGCAAAGGCGAGGUUGAUGGGAGCACAGUGCUCGUGCCAGAGGCGUAA